AAGAAGAAGCAGUGCAGUUUUCAGUGGAGAUGUCCCGUAAAGAGAAGGGGUUAAAAUUAAACAUUUUUAAAAGGAAUAACGCGGCAGUGGAGUUAUGAUAAGCUUGCUUCGUUACUUCAUUUUUGUAGUGUUUCUCUGAUGUAGCUGUAAGUGGAUUAAAACGAGUUUUACGACAGAAAGUGAGGCGUUACAGGCGGCAGUUUGUGUCUCUGUUGUAAUUUAUGAUGGAUUAAAAGCUCCUCUGAACAUCUCCAACAUGUCCGGCGUGUCUUCGAGCUGCGGGGCCGCUGCGUCUAGGAGCUGCGACCCCCGGAGUCCGCCGAGCUGCAGCUAAUGAUGGGCUGCCGCUGUGCUGCAGGAGGGCAGCGUGCUGUGUCGGAUGUCCCCCUCGGCUUUGCUUCUCAACAGCCUCCACUUCCUGUGUGACUCUCUCUCCUCCGCUGUUCUGCAAAGCCGGUUGUGACACGUAGCUGUAAGGACCGCCAGGAGCGGCUCUGCGCGUUCAGUCAUGUCCAGGUCCGGCCGGAGGUUCAAGCCGCUCCAGCAGAGCAGCGGGGGCGGCGGCUCGCUGCCCGGCUGUGACCGGGUCCGGAUGCCCCGGGCCCGGGUGCUGCUGUUCUGCCUCCUCGGUGUUCUGGUGCUGGCGGUGGUCCUGGGAGUGUACCUGUCCAACGACACCGUCACCGGACAUGUGAGCCGCGUGCCAGCGGUGGAUCUGAGCAGAGACAGGCUGUCCCACAAACCCAGUAAGUGCUCUCCAGCUCAGAUCCGCCGUCUGGCCUCUCAGGUGGACGGCACUCGCCUGUGGGAGGCUCACCUGCGGCCCAUCCUGAUAGAGCGCCUCCCAGGCACGCAGGGCAGCCUGUCUGUACAGCAGCACAUCACCUCCACCCUGUCCUCGCUGUCUGCUGGCUGGUCCAUAGACCUGGACUCGUUCCAGUCCCCUACGCCUCGAGGCCAGGUCACUUUCGCCAACGUCGUGGCCACUCUGGACCCUUCGGCACCUCGACGGCUGCUCCUGGCCUGCCACUAUGACUCCAAGGUGCUGCCUCCAGACCCGCGAGCCCCGGAGAAGGUGUUCCUGGGGGCCAGCGAUUCUGCAGUGCCCUGCGCUAUGAUCCUGGAGCUCGCCACCUCUCUGGAUGCCCAGCUUAGGUCAUUCAAACAGCAGAAACUUCCCGUAACUCUCCAGCUUGUGUUUUUCGACGGCGAGGAGUCAUUUGAAGAAUGGACCGCCACCGACUCACUGUACGGCUCGCGCCACCUGGCCGAGCGCAUGGCCAACACGCCCCACCCGGCAACCUCCUCGCACGCCAGCAUGCUUCAGGCACUGGAUCUCUUCGUGCUGCUCGACCUACUCGGUGGUCCCGAUCCGCUGAUUGCGAAUCACUUCGAUAACACUGCACGCUGGUUUGACCGCCUGAUUGCUGCAGAAAAGCGGCUCCAUCGACAGGGUCUCCUGACGUCUCACCCCUCAGAGCAGACCUACUUCAGGAAGGAUGUGUAUCUCGGACCCGUGCAGGACGACCACAUCCCCUUCCUUCACAAGGGCGUCCCCGUGCUGCAUGUCAUCGCCACUCCCUUCCCACAGUUCUGGCACACACUGGAGGACACGGAGGAGAACAUGCACCGCCCGACGGUGGAGAACCUGACGAAGGUCAUGGCUGUGUUUGUGGCGGAGUACCUGGGCCUCUGAGCGCUGAACAUAGAUAGCAACGGUCCGAACAGGACUGGCGAUAAACAGCGACGUGAGGAAGAGGAGAGCCUGGUGAAAUUAAAUAAACUGGAAUCUGAACUUUACCAAAGACGUGUAUCUGCUGGGCAGUCCUCGGGUUCACGUGGACAACGAAUUGGACACAGCUGAGCAAAGUGUGUGAAGUGGAUGGUUAAAACUUUAUUACUAAUACACAUGCUGGGGAGCAUCAUACCUGAGAAGCAGCUGGGAAAUGUGUCUGUGACUCUAUAUUAAUGUUUUUGUUCUGUUCCUGUGAAAGAAAAAAGCCUUAUUAGCCUUAUUGAUGAUUUAGCCUGUUAAUAAGAGAUGGAGAUGCUCUUCGUCUUCUUGAGAGGGACCUGUUGUGCUCGUUUUCAGCUCCGAGAUUUUUCUCUCAGACUCUGCUCAAGUAGUUUUGCAUGAUUUACUGAUCACGUGCAGCCUGAAACAAGCCUCUCCUUUUAAACUGAGCUCAUUUUGAUUGGCUGCCCAUCAUAAAUAAUAGAAUAUCUGCUCUCAGUGACAUCAUUCAGAGCCAAGUGUAGAAAAAAAAACUGUGAAAAAGCAUUAGAGCACUCUCAAGCUUGAGCUUUGGCCAUAUGUAAUAGGAGCAUCCACAACUGUAGCCGUUUAUAUAUACAUAUGAAAGGAAACCAGCAAAAGCACGACGGGUCCCCCUUUAAGAACGACCUAUGACGAGCGCUGCUGCUGAGGACGCUUUUCGUAGUUUAUCUGUGAGUACCUUCUCCUGACUUUACCUUCACAUCAGUGAAGAUCCUCAUGGCCUUGGCUGUUAUGAAGUGCCAGCAAGAUGAAAAUCAUGAAGAUGAAGAUGUUACUAUGGUAAAAGAUCACACCGCAGUGAUUGUGAAAUUAUUUUAUUCAGGUUCUCUUACAGUUUCAAGACAUUUCAGGAAGUCGUAAACACUGAAAACGCUGUCUCCUGGUUCAGUGUGUAACCUUUGGGUAUGAUACAUGUGGGUGCAGUUUACCAGCAUGUACCCUUUAAUAAAAAUAAUUCCCUGAUCGUUA